UAACGACAUUGAUUAAAAACUCCUCAAAAAGUCCUCAAAAGUGUCAGCUUUAGAGCUUUGGUGUGACAUCACAAUAACAAGUAAAUAAAAUUAAAUCUCCUCCGUACAAUUAAUCAACGGUUUGUCAUCUAAAUGAAAAAGCCAACAUUUUAACUAAAAUCAUAUUAUUAAAACAACAACAAUGUGUAACUUAACAGAGUUGAUAGCACACUUGCUCUUAUCAUAAUCCCUUCCUUGGAUAUUCAGUAUAGCUUGUCCAUCUAAGCAUUUCAGCACCACAGUGAUGGACAGCGACUUUGACCUAUUCGUUGGAGGGAAUGCCAAUACAUUGUUGUUGCCAAGGUUUUCUCAACACUUAAACCUGUGAAGUUAACUUUUAACAUCCAACUCAGCUUUUUUAACCUUCGUGUCUGGACUUUUUUUUAAAUUUAAUUCACAAACUGAGGCUGAUUGUUAUUAUACUUUGGGAAUGAAACAAACAACAAAAAACUCUAAUUAUCUUUGAAUACUAUAACUGCAGAUUGUAUUGCUACACAAACACUGAUUCAUUGCAUUUAUUUAUUUAUUUCACAUUAUUUAAUGUAGUGUUCUGUUUUACGGAUUUUCCUCGUAGUGUUUCACCCUCAUGGCAGUGCAAAUGGUGAGUGUGUCUUUAAUAAUGGUGGUGCUCAGCUCUCCUCUCAUUGGAUGAGAGCGAUGGAUGCUGUGCACCAAUAAAAUUCAGAACUGUACAAAGAGAUCUACUCCCUCCUCCACGCAGCUUCAGCACCAAAAAACAGAAUGCUCGGAAAGGGGAGAGAACACGUACAUGUUUCGCACGUUCGAAGUAUAAGAUGAAGUCUUAAUUGUAUUUUCUGCCACGAGGAGGCAUCUUCUAAAUGGAUUAUGUCACACUCGUGGAAGUUGGAUUUUGACUUCAUGGUCUUUGUUCCGAUGGAUUGAAAAUUGUGUAUUUUACUGAAUCAGGAUGACAAAGACAAUGGGAUACAGAGACUGGAGAUGGCAGGCGCUUUGGUGGCAUCAUUUCUUCCUCCUGUGGAGUACAAUACACGCACAGACUCGUUACAGCAUCCCGGAGGAACUAAAACGGGGCUCGGUUGUAGGAAAUUUAGUCAAAGAUCUUGGUCUGGGGCUGUCAGAGAUUGUUGACCGUAAACUGCAGGUCGCGUCUGAGGCUGGUAAGCAGUAUUUCACUGUGGAUGCGGGGAAGGGCGAGCUGGUGGUGAAUGACAGGAUAGACAGAGAGGCUUUAUGUGGACAAAGCGUCAGCUGUGUUCUACCUCUGCAAGUGGUUGUUGAGGACCCGCUACAGUUGCAUCGCAUUGAGGUAGAAAUCAAAGAUAUUAAUGAUAAUUCCCCGAGUUUCCUUUCAAAUGAAUUAUCAUUAAAAAUAGCCGAAUCAGCCGCAGUUGGCACUCGCUUUCAUUUGGAAAGAGCAACGGACACCGACGUUGGAAGCAAUUCCCUUAAAUCAUAUACGCUUAGUAAAAAUGAAUGUUUCUCCCUUAAAAUCAAAGAGAUGGACGGUGGUAAGACCGUCCCUGAGCUUGUUUUAGAAAAGUCUCUAGAUCGAGAGAAGAAAGCUGUUCACAACAUAUUACUGACCGCUUUAGACGGAGGGAAUCCAGUCAGAUCUGGAACAUCACAGAUAACCAUUACCGUGCUGGAUAUAAAUGAUAAUUUCCCAGUGUUUGAAAAAAACAUUUAUAAAGUAACCCUGGAUGAAAGAAGUAUGAAAGGAGCAGUUGUUUUAAGGCCUAAAGCAACAGAUGCAGACGAAGGUUCAAAUGGUGAAAUUGAAUUUUCAUUCGGUUCCCGGACACCAGAAGUUGUGUUGUCAAUCUUUGAUAUUAAUUCGUUAACAGGUGAAAUCAGCCUGAAGGGGGAGCUAGACUAUGAAACAGUUAAGUCAUAUGACAUCGAUGUUACUGCAAAAGAUAAAGGCAGUCCUGAAAUGGAAGGCCACUGUCGCGUGCAGAUUGAUGUUACUGACUUCAACGAUAACGCUCCUGAAAUUGUCCUCACGUCUCAGCCAAAGCCAGUGCGUGAAGACGCAGCAAAUGGCACAGUAGUUGCUCUGAUUAGUGCGCGUGAUCUUGACUCUGCUGAUAACGGCAAAAUCGCCCUACAAAUCACCAAGGGCUCACCUUUUGCUCUGAAACCUACUUUUUCUAAUAAUUACGCACUGGUUACUAGUGGUGUUUUAAACAGAGAAAACUGCUCACACUAUGAUAUUGAGAUCACAGCCACUGAUUCAGGUUCUCCUCCUCUGUCCAGUAAGAAAAUCAUACCUGUCAUUAUCACUGAUGUGAAUGACAACCCUCCUGUAUUCACUCAGUCCUCCUAUAAUGUAUAUUUAAAAGAGAAUGGAGUUCCAGGAUCUAUACUGUACUCAGUAUCAGUCUCUGACCUGGAUUUUGGAGAAAAUGCUAAAAUCUCUUACUCUAUACUGGACUCUAAAGUGCAGGACGUUUCUGUGUCAUCGUAUGUUUACAUUAACUCAGAUAACGGAAGCAUCUACAGCAUGCACUCGUUUGACUAUGAGAAACUCAAGGUGUUUCAGAUUCAGGUUCAGGCAAAGGAUCAGGGCUCUCCGUCUCUCAGCAGCAACGCUACUGUCCAUGUUUUUAUCCUGGACCAGAACGACAACGCACCCGCUGUUAUUUACCCCUCCUCCGCUGCCAUGGGCUCCCUCUCUCAUCAGAGGAUGCCCCGUCCCGCUAAAGCGGGUCACCUGGUUACCAAGGUGACAGCUGUGGACGCUGACUCGGGCCAUAACGCCUGGAUCUCCUACAAACUGACGGAGGCUACAGACGCGUCUCUGUUCACUGUCAACCUGUACACAGGGGAGGUGAGGACUAAACGUGCUGUGUCCGAUCAGGACGACUCCUCUCAGAGGCUGCUUAUAGAGAUCAGAGACGACGGGGAACCGGCCCAGUCCUCCACCGUCACGGUGUCCAUCCUGCUGGAGGACGGUCUCCAUGAGCCCAUCUUAGACCUGCGACAGAAGGUAGCAGAGCCCAGCAAGAAAAACGGGAGAAUCGCCCUUUAUCUGAUUCUCUCUCUGGCCUCGGUGUCCGUGCUGUCUCUGUUGACUUUUCUCAUCUUAGCGGUUAAAUGCAUCAGGAACAGCAGAAGCAGCGGUAGUUGCUGCAUGAGACGGAGCGACUGUGAUGAUUACAAGAACCCCAACAGAAACCUGCAGAUUCAGCUCAACUCUGAUGGACCCAUAAAGUACGUGGAGGUGCUGGGAGGAGACAUGUUGUCUCAGAGUCACUCCUUCAGGUCCUGUAUGUCUCCAAUGUCAGAGUACAGUGAUUUCACUUUGAUUAAGCCCAGCAGCACCACUGACUUUAAGGAGGUGAUCAGUGUCCUGGAUGCAUCUUUACCUGACAGCACCUGGACCUUUGAGAGCCAGCAGCAAAAGCCCCCCAACAACGACUGGCGCUUCACACAGGGACAGAGACCUGGACCUAGCGGUCCCCACAUGCCAUACGGUACACACAUACGAUGGACGCCGAAGAGUGGGAAAAGGGCAACUGGAGGACCUGAAGUUGCCAUGGGAACUGGACCCUGGCCUCAGCCCCCAACUGAAGCUGAGCAGCUGCAGGCCCUGAUGGCUGCUGCUAACGUGAGUGAGGCUACAGCUACACUGGGGCCUGGAACUAUGGGCCUUAGCACCCGCUACAGCCCCCAGUUCACACUGCAGCACGUGCCCGAUUACCGCCAGAACGUCUACAUCCCCGGCAGCACAGCCACGCUCACCUCCAACCCCCAGCAGCAGCAGCAGGCCACUGCCCAGCAGGCUGCCCAGCAGGCACUGCCCCCGCCCCAGACCUCAGCCCAGCCUGAGCCCCCCAAGGCCGCUCAGACCCCUGCCUCCAAGAAGAAGUCUACCAAGAAGGAGAAAAAGUAGAUCUGGAAGGAGAGAGGUGGUGGAAUGAUGAACCCGGCCUGACCAGAUGAGAAGUUCAACCCCCCAUAUCCCUCCAUUAGGUAUCUGACUCUGCGGUCACUCGUGCUAGCCACGCAUUUGGCCGCAUGGAUCAUGUUGAUGGUUCUUUGAGGGAGAGUCUUAAAGAAUCUGAAUGUGUUGAAGGCUGUUGAUGGUGUUGAUAACCCGUGCUGUGCUAAACGUCUAGUAUUGCUCAUGUGAUCUGUGUUGGUAGAUAUUUUUGGCAGGUUAUGGGGGGUUAUUGUGAUUUUCGUUUUCUUUUUUUUCUUCUUUUUUUUUUACUUCUGGCGAAGUCAAAUGAAAUUGGUCAAAGAGAUUUAGUGUAAGUAACAAACCUUGCUGGGAUGACAAGGCUCACACGCAGUGACGUAUUACAAGAUAAAAUGUCGAUGUUUUUCAUGUUGGAUUCAUUGUUCUUUCCCUGACGUGGAAAGUCCGCUGUAAAGUACGCUAGUUGCCAUUCAUUUGAUUCCUACACAGAAUCAGCCUUGCAGGCUCCUAAAGCGUAACUCCUGUGGAUAUAAGGCUGUUGUUUGACAGGUAUUACACACUUUUCUGCAUGCUCGUUAAGGUUCAAACCACAUAUACUAGUCUAGAGUUACAAAACUAUGCAUUGCAAAAGCAAAGAGGAGGACAUCUGGAGUCUACUAUCCUCCCUUCAAUCGCAGGUCAACAUAAUGCACAUGUAGCAUUUACUUGACACAAAAAGAAAAUUCCUUCUGUUAUCAUAAGUUUAACAAAUAAGAUUUUAAUCCCUGAGCAUGCACCCAGAGGAAGGGCUGGCAGAGGGUGGAGUGACAUGACAUGGUCUAAUGGAGUCACGGCCCGUGCUGUCCAUGCAGGUAGUGCAGCAGCAGACACCAGCGUCUUGUACAUCACCUCCAGAUGGACGGAGACAUGUCCCGCACCCUUUGCAUCCCCCUCCUUCAUACCUAGCUCAUGUCCCGUUGAGAGCCAAACAAAGAAAUGCACUGUUUGUAUUCUGAAGAUGAGAUGAUGUAGGGAGUAGUGUAUCACUUUCUUCUGUAGAUGUGGUAAACUGAAGUGCUUAGGAGUGUCUCGACACUUGAGCAGAGUAUUUCCCCUUCACUAUCCUGAAGUGCUGAAGAAACAUAUUGAUGUGACACAUUAACAAGCAUUUUGUUUUGGGUUGGUUUUGGGGAUCAUGAUUCAAUAGCAGAUAAAUUGUUUGUAUGAGAAAUUAAGUCUUUUCAUUGCUGUCCAUCUGUCUGUCAGGACCCUGGCCACAUACAACUGCAUGAGAAAAGGCAGCUUGCAGGCUCAGUCGGUGGGAGUGUGAGGGGGGAGAGGGGGUUGGGGUGGAAGGUACAGAGACUGAGGUGGCACCACAGCAUCAGUCAGGAGGGUGAGGUACAACCAUGGCUCUGUCCACUGAAUGUACAGAUGAACUUCUGUUGACCCACCCACCCCCCUAAACUUUCUCUAAUGCACUGACCCAGGUAGAGGUCAACAGGCACAUCCAGGCACCGCCGUCCCCUGUUGGGAGGAUAUACCACUCCAGAGCCGUUAGAAACAUCCUCCUCCACUGAAGGCAAUGGGAAACCUCAGCCUCUCUACCCCCCACCUCUCCCCUCUACUCUCUGGUCCUGUGAGGCUCUUCCCCACUGUACAUAAACACGCAAGUCCUGUCAAUGGCAUGAGCCAGUUGUUUGUAUAGUAGGGACUGCGUCCAACAUUUUCAAAAUAAGAGUCCCUCUCCACAAGGUGUGGCUUACUACUGGAAUGUGUUGCAUUUUGUUUUACAAGAAAAAAUAAGAAAACCGCAGUUUCAAAAGAAAAAAUAAAAAAAAAAACAACAAUCAUGAAUAAAAGAUCUGAGAUGUUCUU